AUGGCUACUUCCAAGUACACCAACUUCACCCAAAAAGACUUCGUCUACAAAACCGUCAACAACCACGAAAUCUCCACCACCGUCCUUGUCCCGAAGAACAUUCAACCAGGAAAGCAUCCCCUGCUCGUCCACUUUCACGGCGGUUUCUUAAUAUGCGGAUCUAAGCUCUAUGAGGAGUGGCAUGCAACAUGGACAAUUCAACUAGCAGCUCAAAAAAACGCCAUCCUCGUCACACCAAACUAUCGACUCUUGCCCGAAGCAAACGGAAGACAAGUCCUCGAUGACAUUGCAGACUUUUGGUCUUGGAUCCAAACCUCAUUGUCGGCAGAAGUGGACAGAAUGGCAAAAGGUGUAGAGGUGGAUGUAGGAAAUGUACUGGUAGCUGGAGAAUCGGCAGGCGGAUACCUAGCCAUUCAAUCAGCACUGCUUUUCCCUGAUGCCGGCAUCAAAGCAGUGAUAUCGCAAUACGGCAUGCUGGACAACAAAAUUGCCCACUUUACGCAAAAAGGGGAAAAGCACAUGGCUGGGGCGCCUCAGCAACCAGAGUCCGAAGUCGAGGAUUAUCUCAGAGACAUGAAGAAAGGAGCGGUGAGGACAGAGACACAUCCAUGGGAGUUGUGGCUGUUCAUCUGCGCUACUGUGCAGGCUGGGCGAUAUCUGGAGUUCCUGGGCGAUGGCGAAGGUGUGCAUGCUAUUGACAAUCUUGAAACGGCCAAGAGUGUCCCUGCAUGUUGGAUCAUUCAUGGCAAAGAGGAUUCGUUGGUCCCUAUUGAGGCCUCGAACAACUUUAUUGACAAUAUCAAGCAAAUCCAUCCCGACACGCCGCUGAGGUACACGAUGCAACCUGGCGAGCAUGGAUUCGAUGGUGCAGUGACUAUGGAUGCAGACUGGGUCAAGGAAGGUUGUGCUUGGCUUACAAAAUAUUGGCCUUGA